AUGGUUUUACAAGCAGUUGAGAAGUUUUCCAGUUGGAUAUUGUUUUCCAAAAAUGGAUAUCUACCUGUUUCUUGUAUACUGUUGUUUGCGGAACUCGCUCUCAGCUUGUUUGUAGUAUGGAACGUCAAAUGUAUGUUCAACUCUUUUCAACUGUUCCUUGACAUCGCGUUUCAAGAUACCGAAAUUGAUUGGAUCGCUUACAUGCAGGAAGUGGAGGGCUUUGUGAAUGGGACAUUGGAUUAUGACAAGCUGGAGGGUCAAACUGGACCGUGUGUGUACGUGCGGCGCUUGUACCCGGCUGGUUUCCUCUAUAUUUACUGGAUGUUAUAUCAGAUCACCAGCCGGGGAACUCUGAUUCAUUUAGCCCAGUAUAUUUUUAUUGGACUCUAUCUGCUCACACUAGUCUUGGUCUUCAACAUAUACAGACUUUCAUGUCAGGUCCCCCCGUACGUUUUUGUAUUCAUGUGUGUUAUAUCCUAUCGGAUACACUCAAUAUAUGUUCUCCGGCUAUUCAACGAUCCACUGGCAAUGAUUGCACUUUACGCUUGCGUUAACUUUCUACUGUAUGGAAAGUUCACUUUGGCCUGCAUAUUCUUCAGCCUGGGCGUGUCAGUCAAAAUGAACAUCCUACUGUUUGCUCCCGGACUAUUUCUAAUCCUCUUGUACUACAGAGGUAUUUUGGAGACAGCAGGGCAUUUAUGUGAAUGUAUAAUUGUGCAGCUCGUUGUGGGUGCGCCAUUUUUGUUCCACAACUAUGAGGCUUAUAUCAGUCGUGCAUUUAACUUUGGUCGUCAAUUUAUGUACAAGUGGACUGUCAACUGGCGCAUCAUCCCUGAGGACGUAUUUCUUGAUCGUCGGUUCCAUGCUGUAUUGCUCGGUCUUCAUGCAACCUUCCUAAUUAUUCUGCUGUUCAAAUGGGUCAGAUAUCGUGGCGGAUUUUCUGAGUUUUUGGAACUCCAAGUUCCUCCAGAUCGGGAUCCUCGCAAGGAUAUGUCAGGUGUCAUCUAUCCCAUGUUUAUCUCCAAUUUCAUUGGGGUCACCUUCAGUCGAUCGUUGCACUAUCAGUUCUACGUCUGGUACUUCCAUACCAUUCCUUAUCUACUGUGGACCACAAGUCUACCGUCGAGUCCAUUGAAGUUGCUCAUUUUUGGUCUAAUCGAAGUGUGUUGGAACACCUACCCGUCCACAGUAUUCAGCAGCGGAUUGCUCCAUGCUUGUCACGGCAUUCUGUUGACCAGUUUGGUCUUCGCACCGCUUCCGACAGCGUCUUUCGAACGGGUUUCGUCCAAAGUCUCGAUCCAACCUAUUCCAAAUAAGACAACUGCUCCAAGCAAGCGGCGUGGUGGAAAGGCAAAGCUGGCAUGAGUAUUUUGAUCGUUUCGUAACCGCAUUGCAGUUCACCCUCUUUAGUCCCGCAUUCUCGUAGAGAAGCUGUGUAUUCCUUGGUUUUUGUGAAAUCGGA